AAUUGUCAUCCGACAUCCAUAAAAACAAGAGCCUCACCCAAAGCCUAAACUUCACGACCGAGUUUCAAAAAAUUCAAUUGUGCCAAGUGAUUUCAAGACUUUCAGCCUUGUUCGCCAAGUUCACGCCACCACGGAAAUUCACCAAUCAAAUUUCUUGCCCUUGCUGAGCAAGCGCGAGGCGAAGGAACAAACUUGGAAAUUCUGUCAGUUCACACUCACACCACACCACGGUCGCAAACACAAUCCAUAUAAUUUCCCGACGCAACAACUCCUAAACCCCGUCUCUGCAUACAGUCAAAUCUCAACACCUGCCUCCAAAUUUGAAUGUAACAAUCACACGACUUCUUACACAGGCAGGAACCAUGUCCAGGAACUACCACCACUCGACGUCAUCAGGAGGUACGAACACACCUCCACAGUCCCUCUCGAACAGCUGGAGCAUGCCGGCUGCUGUGACUGGGCUCUUGCGAAGAUUCUCGACGGAAGAUCCGGUGAAGGGCAAGAAGCAUACGCCAGUUAAUACGCCGCCUUACGACGACUGGAGCAAUGGGUUCGACGGUGUAUACACCCCUCCUGGCCGAACCGCUUCGCCUUUCCAACCACCGCCUCUGUAUCCCGUCAUACUGAAGGGACAUAGCUCAAGUACACCUGCGUCUGCGAAACUCUUGAAUCGAGGUCUGGCAGAAGAAAUCCGACUCCUUGUCCCACCGAGACUCCAACUCUGCGAGGAAUGGAACCUGGUCUACAGUCUCGAAAACGACGGCGUGAGCUUGGGCACCUUAUACAAGAAAUGUGACGAGCUGCGCGGCCUACGAAACGGAUUCGUCCUAAUCGUCAAAGACGGCGAAGGAAGUCUAUUCGGCGCCUACCUCACCGACGCCCCUCACCCGUCUCCCCACUAUUUCGGCACCGGCGAAUGCUUCCUCUGGCGCGCCAGUAUCCUCUCAUCUUCCUUCCCCACGAACCUGCCUCCUCCCCCUUCGGCAGAUACCACGAACAUGGCCCGCAUCACCACGAUCUCGACUUCUGCCACCACCACCACCGCUCAAUCCUCCCGUCUCCUCUCCCCAACCACAUCCUCCCUCUCAAACCACCACUCCAUCUCCCCCAACACAUCUACAGCCUCUCUCGCUCCCCGCUCGCCCAAUUCCCCCUCCUUCCAAUCCGGCGUCUCGACACCAGACCGCAUCCGCUUCAAAGCUUUCCCGUACUCUGGUGUCAACGAUUACCUCAUGUUAUGCGAAACGGGCUUCUUGAGUCUAGGCGGGGGAGAUGGCCACUAUGGAUUAUGGCUCGACGAUAGUUUCGAGCGGGGAAUCAGCAGUCAUUGUCUGACGUUCGGAAACGAACCUUUGAGCGAGGAAGGCGAGAAAUUCGACAUUCUAGGCGUGGAGCUUUGGAGUAUUGGGAACUCCUAGAUUCUUUUUGUUUGGUCUAGCAAGAUCGCGAGCAAGGAAGUGGUAAUGGCAGGAGGAGAAAAAGAGCCUGGAGCUCGCAUUUUCAGGGAUUUUUCAAUUGGGCAAAAAAUUUAUGGUCAAGCUACGAGCAUGGAAGUAUAGGCAACCUGAAAGCAUGAUACCCGGUGACGAACGUUUUUUUGAGUAGCAUUUCGGUUUAGGCAUUGAAAGUCAUAUUGGCAGGAAGGAUUUUCUCGGGCAUGGGCUUUUCGCGGAGUUUUUUGAACACGGGUUUUCAUGAUCCACGAGUAGGUAAAACGGAACUAUUUUGAGAAUUCAUGAUUCAUUUGUACUUUUGAUAUCAUACUAUGUACGUGACUUUUUCGUGACUGAGUCGUAACGCUGCUUGGUUGGGACAAGCGUUUAAUGCUUA